AUGGUUCAUGCUCGUGGUAUACUUGCUAGUGCUAUUAUUCAAGCACAAGAAAAGUCACCAAAUAAGACUAAUGUUUAUGCUGCAUUCAUAUGCAUUAUAAAUCCAAAAUUUCCACAAAUAAGUCAAUUAAUCUGUAAACGUGCAAUAUCAUUAUAUCGUGAAUCAUUUAUGGCUAAUGAAAGAAAGAAAACGUUUAUAAUGAUAAAAUUUCUUGCACAUUUGAUUAAUCAAAGGAUGUUACAUGAAAAGAUUGCGUUUCAAAUACUUGACGUAUUACUUCGCAAUGUUUCAAGUAAUAGCGUUAAAUUAGCUAUUCGAUUUUUAAAUCAAUGUGGUCAAAAAUGA